AGUUUCAUAUAUGCGUGCACUUUUCUUAACAACGCACAUCAUUAAAUGCAAAUAAGAUGCACUCAAAAAUAGUUAUGUUAUGUAUUGUUUCAGUUGCGAUAAUUCAGGCAGAUGAAUCGAUUUCAAGGUUUGACAGUAUCGAUUACGAAGAGAUUUUGGCAAGUGAAAGAUUAUUGAACAACUACGUAAACUGUCUUUUGGAUAGAGGACCCUGUACACCAGAAGGAAACGAAUUAAAAAAAUUUUUGCCGGAUGCACUUGCCACCAACUGCGGAAAUUGUUCACCGAGCAGACAAGAGAAAUAUGACAAGAUUCUAACGUUUUUGGCGAAGAAUAAGAAAGUCUCUUGGCAUGAACUAACCGUCAAGUAUGAUCCCACUGGAGAGUACCGGUUGCAAUACAAGGAGAGCAGAGGAGUCGAUCUCGACAGCUUGUAAUUUAGAGUUGUAGCUCUACUAUUGUAUAUAAUAAUGAUAAAAACUGUAGAAAUAAAAUCCAAAACCUUUUAAAGUUACAUUGAAUACUUUUUUAUUCGCUCAUGUUUACCAACUAUUGUUCUGGUAGAUGCUAUGACGCUAAUUUAUUCCAUUCCGUGAAGUAAAAUACAGUAUGAUCGAAAAAAAACGGCGUGCAGUUGCUUGGAAAUGACGAUCGAUGACAUUUCCCAUAUAAGUCUGCAUUAGUGAUUUUGAUUUUCGUUACUUUUGAUUACUCGUUACGAAUCGUUACUCGACUACUAAUAGUGGAGUGCCCAGAGACUUUUAUCUCGGAAUUCAAUUACUUUGAAUGUAUUAAUGUGAAACCUUCUAUACUGUGUUUUAUAGAUAAAACACUA